AUGGACGCGGUCUAUGUGCUGACACCGCAACCACAUAUUGUCGACUGUCUUCUAGCAGACAUGGAAAAGCGAAGAUAUCGAAGAUUGUUUCUGGUCUGGACAUCGGAGCUUGACCACAACCUCAGGAAACGGAUCGAGUGCUUGCCGACAGCUCGCGAGCAAAUCGCCGAUUACAAGACUCUUUAUGUAGAUUACUACCCAAGGGAGGCCCAACUUGUCACCUUUCGAGACCCUUCAAGCUUCUUCGUCCUUUUCCACCCUGAUUGCAGCAACCUCGUACGUGGCCAUCUUGAGGCCCUGGCGCAGAAGGUUGUCUCGAUUUGUGUUUCCCUUGGAGAAUAUCCUGCAGUUAGAUAUUAUCGGCCACGGGCUCCUACACAUGAAGCAGGAGUACUCUGCUCUCAUCUAGCACGGUUUAUUCAGGAAGCCUUGGACAGCCAUGCGAGGCUGCACCCAGACUUUCCCCCGCCAACCUCGACUCCAAAGCCACGAGCUAUCCUUCUAAUUACAGACCGUACCAUGGAUCUCCUGUCCCCUCUCGUACAUGAGUUCACUUACCAAGCUAUGGCGUUGGAUCUGCUUGAUAUCAAAGAUGGGGACAAGCUCACAUACCUGAAUACGGUUAAUCAAGGUCGGCCCAAUGAGGAGACGAAAGAGGUCGAAAUUGGAGAGGCAGACAAGAUCUGGACCGCUAAUCGACAUAUGCACAUGAAAGAUCUGCUGGGCAAGAUUGUAGAUGAUUUCAAGAAGUUUCGAGAAGCCCACCCACAAUUCGCAGAAAAUGAUGGCGCCUCUACAAGUGUGAACACGAUCAAGGAUAUGCUUGCCGGCUUGCCAAAGUUCUCCGAAAAGAAAGAAGCGUUCUCAUUGCAUCUAGAUAUGGCGGAGAAAUGCAUGAAAAUCUUCCAAGAGAACAAGCUAUUGGACUUAGGUUCCGUUGAACAGUCGCUCGCAACUGGUCUCGACGAGGAUUAUAAGAAGCCCAAGAACCUUGCUGACCAGAUUGUGAGGCUGAUGGAUGACGAGAGCGUACCUCAAGAGGCACGAUUACGGCUUUUGAUCCUGUACAUUCUCUACAGAGGUGGUCUUCUUAACGGUGACAUUCAAAAGCUUCACGCACACGCCCAGUUACAACCUCAAGACCGUGACAUUAUCGACAAUCUUGAUCUCCUUGGAGCCAGAGUGCGAAAGCCUCUGAAAGAUAUGUCAUCCCGUCCAGACCCGAUAUUUCCCACAAAGCCCCCGGCCGGCCCUCUCGAGGAAGAAGUGAGCCUUUCCCGGUACGAGCCAGCUCUGCGUUCAAUGCUCGAGGAGCAGAUUCAGGGAACCCUAGACCCCCUCAUAUUUCCUCCCACCAAACCGCACCUUGAAGGCAACGGAAUUGGCAUCGAUAUGGCGGCACAACAAACUUCUCUCCGAACGGCCAAUAAGCCAACCUGGGCCCGCACACGUCCAGUAGCAAAUGAACAGCGGCAAAGGUUAUUAGUGUUCAUGGCUGGUGGCGCCACUUACGCAGAGGCUCGAGCGUGCUACCAAGUCUCGCAAAAUGCUUCCAAAGAUGUUUUCUUGAUAACAUCUCACAUGCUAACACCCAAGCUCUUCCUUCACCAGCUUCGCGGACUGAACCUGGACAAGCGACGUUUGGAUAUACCUGCAGAAAGGCCUCCACCCAAAGCACCUGCUCAUCUUUUCGAGCGCCAGCAAGCUCCAGGUUUGCCCCAGCAGCAAAAGCCUAAGCAGGCCUGGCAGCCGCAUCCGAACACAAUGCCCCCCACCGCCGCAAUGCAUAACAUGAGCCUCAAUUCGAAGCCUGAAAAUGGAGCCAGACCCAUCGGAUCUUUCAGUCCUUCAUUACCAAGCUCUCCUGCGACUGGACAAGCAGGCAAGCUGAAGAAGAACAAGGACGAGGGAGAAAAGAAGAAAAAGAAGCAUCACUUCUUCAAAUGA